AAAGAUACCGAUAUAUAAAAGUUGACAAGCAUGCACUGAAUCAUCUUUAGUUUCAGUGUUUUAUUGUACGUUAAACGCUAAUAAACGUUUGUGCAUCGCCGCAAUGAAAACAAAAGAUAUAACAAGUUAAAAAAAAAAAUAUAUAUAUACAUAUAUAUAUGAAGAAACAGUCUCUUCUCUUCUAAUGUAAAUAUUUACGAGUCAAAACAAUCAAAAUAAAAUAAUAAUAAUUUUGCAGCCCUAUAACCCCAUAAACUUAAUCGGUGUAAUCGAAUUGUUCGCCUACUCUCAUCUUUAGCAUAACGGGCCGAUAUUGUAAAGCAAUAAUAAUAUAUAUUCAUUAUAGUGCCAUUGUUUUUGUAAAUAACUAUUGUGAACUAAAUAAAGUGUUUGUUUAAUUACUUCUCCCUAACUAAACUAAAGUCCUAAACUGAUUUCAUUCGAAAGAGAGGAUUAAAAGAGAGCGACAGAUAGCAAGAGAGAAAGAGAAAGAUAGAGAGAGAGAGAGAGGGAGAGAAGCAAGUAAGAAGAAUGUGAAAAUAAAAGAAAAAACAAAGCGCAGUGGAAAAGAAAAUCUAUCAGUGAUCUAGAAAAAGUUGCAAUUUGUGUAAAGAAUAAAUAGAAAUUUUAUAAAAUAAACCUAAUAUGUUAAAUAAAUGAUUUUUCUGUCUUUUUUUUUUUAUUACUUUUAUUUAUUUAUUUGAGUUAAGCUGAAGCAGCAAAGUGUUCAAUGUAAAUAAUUUAAUUUAAAAAAAAAAAAAAAAAAAAAAAAAAAUUGGAAAAAUAAAAAACUUUUUGGACAAAGUUCAUUGUAAAAAUUUUAAGUAAAUUUCUCAAAUUCUCAUCAUGGUUUCCUACUAUCAAUAUUCGCAAAAACAUAAUCCCACCAAUUUGGCAUAUCCCGGCCAAUGGCAAUGGGCCUCCAAUUAUCAUGCACCACCUAAUCAUCAAUACCUGAGUGAUAUGGAGACCUCGCAUGCUGCUCAUCAUCCGAUGUACUAUAAUCAUACAAUGUUCCAUUCAGCUCCGGUUGCGAAUUCCGAAUGGCAUUCUCCGUCGUCGGUUGAGAAUUUCACUCAAAAUGCCAGUGCCACGCAUCAAUUAAUGCAACAGCAUCAUUUGGGAAGUGCUGGCGGUGGGAUUGUCAGUGGUGGUGGUUCUGCUAGUUCUCUUAGUUCCGGUAGUAUUAGCAGUGCUGCUUCUGCUGGUCCCUCUUCGGCUAAUACACAACUUAAUGAAACUAUUGCUGGGCUCACUGAACAGCAACAGCAGCGGCAGCAGCAACAGCAACAGCAACAACAACAACAACAACAGCAACAGCAGCAAUCGCAACAUCUUCCCGAAGGUCUACCCUCACCCCCGAUUACGGUGAGUGGAAGUGAAAUUUCGAGCCCAGGAGCUCCAACCAGCUCAUCGUCGCCACAUCAAACAGCUGGCCAUCAGUUAAACAAUAGUCCAACGGUUAUUAACAAUAACAAUAAUAAUAACAACAGUGCUUUGAACAAUAAUAAUAGUAACAACAAUAAUAACAAUAAUAAUCGUACGUCACCUAUUAAAAAUCAGUAUUACGACUGGAUGAAAAAACCGUCUUAUCCAUCGCAACCCAAACCUGGCAGAACCCGUACUAACGACAAAUAUCGUGUUGUCUAUACUGAUUAUCAACGCUUGGAAUUGGAAAAAGAAUAUUGUACAUCGAAUUAUAUAACCAUACGUCGUAAAACUGAGUUGGCUCAGACUUUAUCGUUGUCUGAACGUCAAGUGAAAAUUUGGUUUCAAAAUCGUCGAGCCAAAGCACGUAAGCAAAAUAAAAAAAGCAAUGACUCGUUGAGCGUUCAAGGCUACGGAAAUUUCGAAACAAAGCCGAAAUUAGAGCCAGGAUUACAGCAUUUGCAGCAUUCUUUCCACUCGAUGAGCUCAAUUGCAGCUAUCGGUAUGCCUACGAUGCGGCUGAAUACACAUUUACCCAGUCAUCAUCCGUUGACGGUAAGCGCUGCAGCAGCAGCCCAUCAAUUACAUCUUCAUCAAGGAUCACCGCAUACUCAAAUGACUGCUGCAGCCGCAGCUGUAGCCAGUGUCGGAUCCUUAACUAUGUGACAACCUUAUUGCGGUCGAAAUGUAGCACGCAAUCAAAACAAUCCAGUUCAAGACGUAACUUUAUGUGAUGUUAUAAACGGUAAGGGAUGUAAUGGCACCGAAACGACGGACGAAGUAGAAGCUGCUUUAAGAUGUAACGAGCUUACCUUCACUUAAUAACAUCAAUCAAUGAAAUGUAAAAAUUAGCAAAGAAACAAAAGAAAACAAAAAAACAAAAACAAAAUAACACUAAUAACAUAAGACAAUCUCUCAAGCGAACUAUUUGCCGCAUUACCGAUUUAAAUUCAGCGUAAAGGUGUCUACAACACUUCAUAGAAGAAAUAAAAUCUUUUUAUGAAAAAAAAUAACAGCAUCCGAGUGAAUAUCCGUUAAACGCAACCUUAUUACUUCUCCAUCUUUCCUAAGCAAAACAAAAAACAAAAAGGAAAGAAAAAAUUAAAUUAAUACAAGCUAAAGUAAAUGCAUCAAGCGUGUGAUUAACGCACAUACUAGAGUGAUCAAAAUUAAACUGAAUUUGUUUAUAGAAUAAGAAAUCCUUAUAUAUGGCCUCAAAUCUGUCUCAAUUUCCUUACCAUCAGAGUACUCGCCGUCCGACACACUGCAUCUAUGCUAACGUUUUUCCCACUCUUCGUAAAUUACUUAGAUUCGGGAUUUAUCUCCUCAAUCUCCGCCCUCUCCAAAGCGGAUAUUUAAGUUUGACGAGCACAUAUAUACUAGAUCAGGAGAAUACAGUGCAGAAAAUACUGCUUCCCCGACAUUAGCGAGGCGUUUCUUUUCCAAAAAUAAUCGCGUGUCUUAUGAACCAAUCAAAAUUUCAUGUGUUUGAGGCACGAAACAUCUUUUCAAAUAGUUUAUGUUGAUCCAAAUUAACUCCCCCUCCCCCUCCCCCACCCUUCUCACUCUCUCAUUGUCAACUGACAAUUUUCAAGCAACCAACCUUUACUCUCUUUCAAGUGACUUUCACCUGCAGAUAUUGAUGGCCAUCCAGGCCGCUGUUUGACUCAUUCUCUUCUUCUCUUCUUUUUCUACCUCCUCUGAAGUCUUUGUACCACUUGUAAACAUUUCCUGGCGGCUUAGUCUCCCCAUCAAAGGCUUUCUGUUUCCGCGCUAGAAUAUUCAUUCCACAUAUAAAAAUUGUAUGCAAACUCUUCGAUCGGCUUGAUCGGAUAACUCUGCAGCAGUUGAACGUAUUGAUGUCGAAGAUAGUGUUACCAAUCGUUACAAAAAAAAAAAAAAGAAAAAAUUCAUGAUUUCACAGUAACCGCCCAGCUUAAGUAAAAAAUUCACUUUAGUUUCUGAUCAUAGUAGCAUAGCGCGUUAGGGAAAUUAAGUUCUGUUCGCCCCCUUUUCCCUUUAACAUAUUUUCAAUAAAAUCAAUAUCCAUUACUUAAACAGAUUAUACAACAGGAAAAUAUUGAAUAGUCCGUCUUUUCUGGAUGCUGCUAGAGAAAGAUCUUAUUUGCCAUAUGCAUGCAUAUAAAAUAUUGUAGAGUACACAGACGAAGGGUUACGCUCUUUCAUUAAUAAAGUAACGACCUAUCUAUCUAUCUAUCUAUCUAUCUAUCUAUCUAUCUAUGUUUAAGGCUGAAGUGAUGUUAGUUUUAAGUUUAAAAAAGAAAAAAAAAUAUUCUUAAUUUUAUCAGUUAAACAAACACAGCACGUGAUUAAUCCGUAAAAAUUUAUAACGCAGUUAUUGUUGUUGUUAUUAUUAAAAUAGUUGCUGUGCUUGGUGUGCGCUACUUUGAUUGUUUAGUUAGAUGUAAAUAAAAUAAAUUAAUUUAAUUUCUUUCGGUUUUUUUUUCUUUUUUUUUUGUUUCAUUUUAAGUAAUUCAUCUCAUUUUCUUAGAUAAUAGCUACCUAUGUGUGACAAUAGAUCAUUAUACAUAUAUACAUUCAUACAUACAUACAUACAUACAUACAUGCAUACAUGCGUACAUACGGUAGAUCAUUGAGCAUACACACUAACCAUGCUUGUGAUUAAAUACAAUACAAUCAUAUACAUACAUGCUAAAGCGUAAUCCCUUCGCAACGAGAAAUUUUUGAAA